AGUGAUUUGAAGCAAGAGAAAGUUGAUCAAGAUGGAACAGGAACUGAACAAACCGAAAAAUUGAAUCGCGUGAAAUCUGAGCAAAACGACGAGACUAUCAAAGAAGAUUCGAACAAUAAUGAUAAUGAAGAUAACAUCGAUGAAGAAGAAGAAGAGUCUACAUCUGGAAGAAUUCUCUUCGUCAAAAAUCUUAACUUCAACACAACCGAUGAAUCGUUAUAUCACAAGUUUGCAGCCAAAUUUAAGAUUCGAUCAGCAGUCGUGUCCAAAAAACGAGGUAUUUCGCUCAUUUCAUCCAUUUGCUCAUUUUAUCGGUUUUGCGAUAUAUUCAUCGAUUUGCGCUAG